CUGAAGAGCAUGGUUAUCUCUUUUGCACGUAAAUGUAUAGCAACAUCAUAUCUCGACCUUGGUUCAUGGAGUCCAAAUAUUAUAAAAAUGACUGACGCCAGUGACACUCAAGUCCGAGCCACACUCCGCAUCACAUCAAAAACUUCACAAUUCUAGAAUUCCACAUAAACUGAUAGUCGUUGUAAGGCAAUUGUUAUUUGAGUCUGUUGAUAUGUCAUUUUACGAUUUUUUACAUUAAACCAAUAAAGGGCUGUAUUACAUUAAAACAAUCGUGUCGCAAAAAUCUGGGUUAAAAUGUUUUUAAUUCUGCUCGUCGUCUUCAUCGUGCUCCUGAUUAUUUUUGCCAUAGUGCAAAAUCACAAUCAUAAAGUGUUCUUUGAAUCUCAAGGGAUUCCAUACCUCGGCCAUGGCAUGCUCCGUCUCAUCAUCAAUACACUCAGAGGGGUCACUGUCCACGAAGAUGUUCGAAAUCAGUACGCAAAAUUUAAAGCUGACAAACACAAAAUGGCCGGUGGGAGGGAUUUCGGAACCCUGGCCCUCAUGAUACUCGAUCCUGAACUGCUAAAAUCCAUCCUAGUGAAAGAUUUUGACCACUUUACCGACCGCCAAACCUUCCCGAUGGCAGAAGAAGAUUUCCUCCUGAGUAAAAUGGUGUUCACUCAACGGGGCGAAAAGUGGAAGUCGUUGAGAUCAAAGUUAAGCCCGACCCUUACGACGGGCAAGAUUAAGCGAUUGUUUCCUCUGUUUGACGAAAGUGGUAAAAAAAUGGCAAAGUUUGUCGAACAGGAAAUAUCCAGAAAUGGUGAAGAGAUGGAUUUGACCUUGAUUUACUCAAAGUUCACGAUGGAAGUUAUCGCCACGGCGGUUUGUGGGAUGGACUCACAAGCAUUUGCCUCCAAGGAGCCGUCCCUUUUUGAAAAAAUGGGAGCAAGGUUGCAGUUUUCGUUCGGAAUUUUUAAAAUUUUCCAGCUAAUAUUGAUCUUAAUGGCGCCAAAGUUAGCGAAUCUGUGUCGACUGUCGUUAUUGGAGAGAGAGGUUCAAGACUUUUUUGCUUUGGCGAUAAAGAGUUCUAUUCAUGACCGGCAAGCAAAGAACGAGAAGAGGAACGACUUCAUCCAGUUGAUGUUGGAGGCGAGGGAGGGGAAGUUGAAGACGGAGGAAAAUGAAUUGUCCUCCUUUGAAAAGGACGCAAUCAUCAAAGAGGACAAGUCAUCGGAGGAGUCAAAACUUUCGGCUAACGAAUUAAUGAAUGAUGACGUUAUCGCUGCCAACGCCGUGCUUUUUAUCCUCGGUGGAUACGAUACGACGCAGUCGGUUUUGCUCUUUUGUGCUUAUGCUCUCGCUUUAAAUCCAGACGUCCAGGACAAAUUAAGAGCGGAAGUUGACACCGUGCUUGAAGAAAAUGACAACCAAUUUUCAUACGAUUCUCUCAACAGGAUGACGUACCUCGAGAUGGUUAUUAAUGAAACGCUAAGGUUUUAUCCACCAAUGAUGACGGAUCGGGGGUGUACAAAAGAAUAUAAAGUUCCGGGAACUGAAUUUGUCCUAAAGAAAGGUCAAGGCAUCAUAAUUCCAGUUUAUGGGCUACAUCACGACGCAGAGUAUUUCCCGGAACCUGACAAAUUUGAUCCGGAACGAUUUUCUCCAGAAAAUAAAUCCAAAAUUAAUCAGUAUGCAUAUGUCCCAUUUGGCGUUGGACCCAGAAAUUGCAUCGGAAUGAGGUUUGCUCUGGCCGAGGUGAAAGUCGCAAUUUCUCACUUGGUUCACAACUUUCGUAUUGAGCCAUCAAAGAAAAUAAAGAUUCCUGUGAAAUUCACGGCGACAAACGUGCUUAAACCAGUGGGGGGAAUGUUCCUUGCUCUUCGCAAAAUCCAACAUUAAGCUGCACAUCCAUAAUACAGUAUGACAUGAAAAAUGGUAUUAUCUAGUUCCGAGGAUCUACAUGCUCUUAUGCUAACCAUAAUGAGGAUCUUUCACAUAAUUCCUACUUGCAUAUUUUGUACCAGUAUCACCACAAAUUUGUAAUUCAGAAAAGCCUGGUAGUGUUUUCCUUGUUUUAAAAAAAUCUAAAUUCCAACAAUUUUUGUUGAGUCAUGAAUUCAUGAAAAUUUACUUUGUGUGAGUAAUUUCUUUCAAAACUUGAAUCAGUCCUAUUUAAUUGUCCAUUAUGAUUUUGCGACAUUGGAAUUUGUACAUUAUUUCAAUAAUUGGAAAAACGGUAAUAUAGUACUCGCUUAAUUAUUAUAUGAUGAUAAUCAAACAUAUUGCAAAUAAUUGUCUGAUAUAAAUACGAUUAAUAAAUUACGUUCUACUCAGUCGAAUAAUUAGUUAUAAUAAUAUUAAUAUAAACGAUUUGGAUACUUUACCUUUUCCGACUUACAAAACAUGAAUAAAAAUGCGGUAACACACAUUACUAAUUUCAAACCGUUGGAAACGA